AUGACCUUGAAAGGAGAACGGUGUAGCACUUUGAAACAAAGUUGUUUUAUGUUUUACAUCUUAAAGCAUUAUAUAAAUUAUAUUGAUUUAACUGGUCCCCUGCCACCUUAGGUAUUCAUUACCUGGGCCAGCUUCAUGAGAACAGCCUCUUGAGGGUUGCUCUAGAUCAGAUAACAGAAGGACAGCUGCAGUUCACACGGCUGGAGCAGCACUUUGAUUCACUGCUCCUGGGUCAGCCUGACCAGCACAGAGAGUAUCAUAUCCAUGCCGGGAAGACUGAGAUGGCCGCUAAUCUGAAGAACCAGUUCCCAGGAGAAGAGGAAGCCAUUGAUGAGUUCAUGAGAUUGAUGAAGUUAGCCUCACGGCAGACACCACUUAUUGCUAUCUUGAAGAUCAUACCGUACUGGCUGGUUAACUUUCUGGUUCGGACUGGUCUUUUAGAUCAUAUAUCUUCAGUGUUCCAUCUAGCAGCAACCAACCAUUCAGAGAUAAUGUCUCGCCUCACUCAGAACAAGGACCUGCAGGCACUGUCUGCCUACCUGUUUUAUGGUGUCCCUCCCAAAGAGUCCAGCUUUCUCAUCAAUGCUCUCCUUCUUCACCAUUAUAAGCGUGGCGCAUACUACCCACGGGGGGGCUCCAGUGAAUUUGCCUUUCACAUCAUCCCUGUCAUUCAGCAGGCAGGCGGUGCCGUGCUGGUCAGGGCUCCUGUGCAACGCAUCCUGCUCAACCAGCAGGAGCGGGUUUUUGGUGUGACAGUGCUUAGAGGACUAGAAGAGAUUGAGAUCCAUGCCCCUGUUGUCAUUUCCAAUGCUGGGAUUUUCAACACCUUCCAGAAGUUUCUGCCUCCUCACAUUCAGGACAAAUCAGAGAUCCAAUCACUGCUGGGUAUGGUUCGUCAUGGCAUGGGCUCUUUCUUGGUGUUUGUUGGUCUGGAUGGAUCCAAAGAGGAGCUGGGCAUUGUUUCAACCAACUUCUGGAUGUAUAAAGACAAUGACUUGGACUCGCUUAUGGAGCGAUACUAUUCUCUGAGCAGAGAGCAGGUACUGGGGAACAUUCCUAUGAUGUUCAUCACCUUCCCAUCCGCUAAGGACCCUACAGCCAACAUAAGACACCCAGGCAAGUCCUGUAUGACAUUGCUAACCAUGGCUCGCUAUGAGUGGUUCAAGGAAUGGGAGGGGACAAAGCUUGGCAAGAGGGGACAGGACUACCUGGAUCUGAAGAACAGCAUGGCCCAAGAGCUGCUAGACUGGGCGCUAAAGAUCUUCCCUCAGUUACGAAAUAAGGUGAUGAUGGUGGAUGCUGCCACUCCUUUAACUAAUUGCCACUAUUUGGGUGCUCCAAGAGGUGAGAUGUAUGGUGCUGAACACAACUUGGAACGCUUCACCCCAGAAACAGUUGCUAGGACAAGACCACAGACACCCAUCGACGGACUGUACCUAACAGGUCAGGAUGUUUUCUGUAACGGCAUGGCGGGGGCACUGCACGGUGGACUACUCUGUGCCUCUGCUGUCCUUAAUCAGAUCCUCUACAUUGACCUUCUAGCACUGAAGACCCGCCUCAAACACAAAUCAGUCUAUCAUAAGCUAAGCUGGUAGUGAAAGGAUGUAGUAAAUGACAUGUAAAGACAAGAUUGCUUGCUUAUCUUUAGUCAGAACUUUCACUCUUAAAGGCAGAAAUGGUAUUUUAUGCAACAAUUUGUUUUGUUUUAUCUAAACCAAUCCAUAUACACAACACGUUGAAUCCUAACACAAGAGAAUAUAUUGCCACUGUGUCAUCUAUGCUACAGCGACAGCAUGAAUAAAUUGAUAACUAGAGACCAUCUCUCGAUGAGUGCACACCAACAGACCCAUGGCUUUUAUUUUGUUUAUUCAUUAAGAGUCUUUCAUUAAGUCAUUAAGUGAAAAAUAGCACAAAAAAGCAUAAAACUUUUUAUCUUGGUGUUUUUGUGGUUUUAAUCAUUAGGGGUGGGAAUCUCUUGACACCUCACAAUUCGAUUCGAUUUCGAUUCAGAGGGCAAGGAUUUGAUUAGAAACUGAUUCUUGAUGCAUCUCAAUGCGGCG